AGCAACAGUGUCGUCGUUAUUAUUUCGUAGCACUGGGUCCUCUGUUAUUUUUAAGUGCUUCAACAGGACAUGAUCAUGCACUGUAGUGACGUAUUAUAAAUGUGAAGCACACAAGUGUAGUAGCUUUGUGCCGUUAGGUUUUUACCGCACUAGUUUUGUUUGUUCGGUAUGUUUUUACCCUUAACAUGGAGUCAAAAAGAUGGGAGAUCCCCAACGGCGUACUGGACGACCUUUGCAGUCGCUUCAUUCUUCAUAUCCCCAGUGAAGAGAGGGACAAUGCAAUCAGAGUUUGCUUCCAGAUUGAGCUUGCCCAUUGGUUUUACCUGGAUUUCUGUUUGCAGAAUUCACCAGGAUUACCUCAGUGUGGGAUAAGGGACUUUGCCAAGGCUGUUUUUAAUCACUGUCCAUUCCUGCUGCCCCAUGGAGAGGAUGUUCAGAAGGUUUUAGAGCAGUGGAAAGAGUAUAAGAUGGGUGUACCUACAUUUGGGGCAAUUAUUCUUGAUGAAACACUUGACAAUGUGUUGCUAGUCCAGGGCUAUUUGGCCAAGUCUGGCUGGGGAUUUCCUAAAGGGAAAGUAAAUGAAGAUGAGGCUUUCCACGACUGUGCUGUGAGAGAAGUUUUGGAGGAGACAGGCUUUGAUAUCCGGGACCGGAUCUGCAAAAAGACAUAUAUUGAACAGAGAAUUUCAGAUCAAUUGGCUCGAUUGUAUAUUAUUCCAGGAGUUCCUAAGGACACAAAGUUUAACCCCAAGACCAGAAAGGAAAUACGGAACAUUGAAUGGUUCCCAUUGGACAAGCUGCCCUGUCACAGGAACGAUAUGACUCCUAAAUCCAAGCUUGGACUGGCUCCAAAUAAGUUUUUCAUGGCUAUUCCAUUUAUGAGGCAGCUCAAAGAGUGGAUAGCCAAACACAAAGGAGAAUCAACAAGCAGUGAUGAGGAUUUGGCAUCCAGUGGCAGCACACCGUCCAAACCAUUCCACUCUAAGCUUAGAAAGUCUCAGAUGUUGGUGGAAGCAUUGCCAGGGUCGGGUGAGGGCUGGUCAAAGCAAAAACAAACUGCCCAGAGUGAAUUAUUAGAUGUGCUUAAACCCAAGAAUCAUGUGAAAGGCAACGGAAAGAGACGCCAGGACUCUCCAAAUAUGAAAAAAAGAGCUAACGGUGUCAGUAACCAGCAGAAAGAUGACAAGAAACUUCAGCCCAGAAGACUGCAGGAUAAUUUUGACACAGAUUUAACUGAUAAUGUAAAUGUCUAUAAUGGACAGACGAGCGUGUGUUAUGGGGACUCUGAGUACAUCAUAUCCUCGCAGUCGUUCCUCGGCUUCAAAUUCGACAGGGAGGCCAUCAUGAAAUCCUGCUUUGACUCCUGAAGUUCUGUUGCUCAGUCCCUCUGUUUUAAAAGAUCUGAUGGCGCAAAUUUACCCAAGGUACAAUGAGAUGCAUUGUGUGUUGGACCAAGAUUGCAAGAUUUUUUUUUGUUUGUUUUUUUACACACAAAUGUCAGUUUAUAGUAACCUGAAUCAGAAAUUGCAAUUGCUUGAGUAGACUAAUAUAUAUAUAUAUAUAUAUAUAUAUAUAUAUAUAUAUAUAUAUUAU